AUGGUUGAUCCACUUCAGGCACCUAAUCAAGUUGUUUUAUCAGGUCCCACUGAACCACUCGUUAAUGUGGGUGGAUCAAUCACUCAAUCGGUAACCAAUGGCAAUCUGGUAGACCCAGCGCUCACGGGAAGUGGAACAUACAGUCAAUCAACCUCCACAAAUCGUCUAACCGGAAGCAGUUCUUACAACCAACUGCCAGUCAAUGCAGCGGUUGAUCCAUUAGCAGGAAAUCUCCCCAACAGCCAAUCGGUCGACCCAUUAGCUAUUGGAGGUGCUUCUGGCACAUCCUUGAAUGAUCCUCUACUCACCGGGAUUGGUACUAACACCCAAUCAUCUGGAAGUGUCAACGGGAUUCCACCAGGUUCACUGGGCAUAGGAAGCAAUGGACAUACCUCCUUCCAGCUUGAGCCGUUACAUAAUACUCCUGGAUCAUCCAGUAUUGCUGCAUCAGGUCAAACAACUAGCUUUUCAACUACAGGAACAGUUGAUCCAGUUCUCACUACUUCAACCUCCCAAACUAACCUUGGCCCAGGAUCUAGUUCUAGUACUCAGACGCAGACCCAAACUCAAUCCACAAUAUCUGCCACAUCACCUUCUUUUAGUAACACAGCUUCUACGGCUUUGGCUGGGAGCACCGGAUCAGUAUAUUUAACCGGCAAUACUGGCUCAGCUGCCUUGACUGGCACCUCAGGCUCAACCUCCCUAACUGGCAAUUCUGGUUCCACUUCUCUUUCCGGAAGCAUUGGAGGUGGAGCUACAGUCAGCACAACCGGAACGUUAGGGGUAACUGGUAAUACAGGAUUGUCAACAAUUGUUAGCACUACCGGUUUAUCAUCAAGUGGCAAAUCGGUAUCAGGUUCCCAGAUUGGUAACACAGGCGCAGCAACAUAUCCUCUGGGCACCAUGGGAUCAUCAACUACUGGCAGCACAGGAUCAUCUAUUGGUAGCACAGGAUCAACAUUUCUUACUGGAUCAAUACUGAACACGCCAGUUGAGCCAAUUAUAGAACCGGUAGCAGCUGUUGCAGCUCCUGUCGGAGGUGGAGCCAGGAUAUCGGCCGCAGCACAGGUAGCUGGAAGCGGUAGUCAAGUUCAGGGAUUAACUGGUAAUCCAGCGUUUGAAGCAGGUAGUCAGGCAGUCGGUGUAGUGGAACCAAUAGUAGGCGUAUCAAUGGGAACGUCUCCCGGAGUAUUAACAGAACCCGGAUCAAAUACUGCAACGAAUGGACAAUCAACAAUGGUUGAUCCAGCAAUGAAUCAAAAUAUGAUAGACAAAAUGUAUCCAGGUGGUCAGUAUGAUCCAUAUUUUGUAAAUAAUGGUGGUAAUUUCGAUCCUUAUUCAGGCACAGGUUAUGUUGAACAAUAUAUUCCACCGUCAAAUGGCAUGUCGAUUUAUGAAAUACCCGGAUUAGAGGGUGCUUCUGGAUUAGCUGUUGUGUAA